CUCGUUGGCGCUAGUGUCGCAAGUCGCAACUUGUUUUACAAGAGAAAGAAGAAUAAGAAGAACAGUUUUUGCAAGCGGGGCAUAUUUUUGAUCCCGUAAUUUUCAAAGCAUUUUUUCACAUUUUUAAACCAUCAUGGGGGUACCUAAAUUUUUUCGCUAUAUCAGCGAAAGGUACCCAAGUCUCAAUGAACUUGUGCGGGAGAAUCAAAUUCCUGAAUUUGAUAAUCUCUAUCUGGACAUGAAUGGCAUCAUUCACAAUUGCUCCCAUCCCGAUGACAGCAAUGUGCACUAUCGCAUCUCAGAGGAACAAAUUUUCAAGUCCAUCUUUCACUAUAUCGACGUGCUGUUCCGAAUCAUUCAGCCGCGUAAGUUGAUGUUCAUGGCCAUCGAUGGCGUUGCUCCGAGGGCCAAGAUGAACCAACAACGUGGUCGGAGGUUCCGUACGGCCAAGGAGGCCGAACUACAGGAGGCCAAAGCACGCGAAAAGGGCGAGAAAUUGCCAGAUGAAGCUCGUUUUGACAGCAACUGCAUCACUCCCGGAACUCCCUUCAUGGCACGUCUGCAGAAGGCACUGAAGUUCUUUGUGAAGCAGAGAAUUAGUCAGAGUGAUAUUUGGCAGAAAUGCCGUGUAAUUCUGAGUGGACAUGAAACCCCGGGAGAGGGUGAGCACAAGAUUAUGGAAUACAUCAGAUUCUUGAAGUCCAAGCCAGACUGGGAUCCCAAUACUCGACACUGCCUCUAUGGUCUCGAUGCUGAUCUGAUUAUGCUAGGUCUGUGCACACACGAACAGCACUUUUCUCUCCUCCGGGAAGAAGUCAAAUUUGGCAAGAAUGCCAAGCAUGCUGCUUCAGUGGACAGCACAAGGUUCUACCUGCUUCACCUGGGACUUCUCAGGGAGUACAUUGAAAUGGAAUUUGACUGCCUCAAGAAAUCCCUACCCUUUCCCUUUGACAUUGAAGCCAUUGUGGAUGAUUGGGUGCUCAUGGGAUUCCUGGUGGGAAACGAUUUCAUUCCAAAUCUUCCCAAUCUGCAUAUCAAUAAGAAUGCCCUUCCGGACAUCUAUGCCACGUACAAGAGUGUCCUCCCUACUCUCGAUGGCUACUUAAAUGACAGCGGGAAGCUGAAUCUGGCCAGAUUGGAAGUGUUUCUGGCCAAACUGGGACAGAAAGACAGGGAUUACUUCAAUGAUAAUUACGAUGAUUUGAAGUAUCCAAAGGCGCUAACAAAUGGCUUUGACGAAUUUGAUUCGGAGGAUUCUGAGAGCGAUCUCAUUGGAUUUGACUUCCCGGAUGAUCUGGCGAAAUUGGCCAAGCAGACUGAGGAACAGCUUGGAAUAACAAGUGAUUCGGAUGAUGAUGAUGAAGAGGCGAUAUUCGAGAAGAAUUUUUUCAAAUACAAAAGGGCAUAUUAUAUAAAUAAGCUCAAGUAUCCUGAUAUGACAGAGGAUGUUUUAAAAGAGCAAACUUACUGCUACAUUUCGGCUCUUCAGUGGACCCUUUUCUACUACUAUCGUGGUAUUGUGUCCUGGGGUUGGUUCUAUCCGCAUCACUAUGCACCAUUUGUCAGUGAUUUGAAGAAUUUUAGGGGGAUGAAAUUGAAGUUUGAGAUGGGAAGGCCAUUUUUGCCAUUUGAACAACUUUUGGCUGUUUUACCAUCGGCCAGUAAGUCUCAUUUACCCCCGGCAUAUCAGGGUUUAAUGACGGAUCCCAGAAGUGAUAUCAUUGAUUACUAUCCGACGGAAUUUGAGACGGAUUUGAAUGGGAAACGUCAAGAUUGGGAGGCUAUUGUUCUCAUUCCGUUUAUCAAUGAGGAACGUUUGCUGAAGGCAAUGAGUGAGUGCCAUAAAAAUCUCACUGAUGAAGAAAUUGAGAGGAAUACCCAUGGACCAAUGCUCCAGUAUGAUUAUGUGCCAGAGAAUCAGGGAUCGUGUGAGGGGCCAGGAAAUGAGAAAAUCCAUGCGGUUUAUGCUAGAGAAACUCUCGUGGAGAGGGCAGAUAUUCAUGUUCCAUCUGAUCGAAUGGUGCUAAAAAUGUCUGAAAAAACUCUCAAAGGUGUUCACUUUCCGGGAUUCCCAACCACAAAGCAUUUGCAGUACACGUCGAAGCUUGAAAUGGCCAGAGUUAAGGUUUUUGAGCAGCCUAGUAUGAAUGAGAGUAUGAUCAUUCAUUUGAAUUCGCAAUCGAACAAUCUUGAUCAGAAUAUCAAAGAUUUGGCCAGGAAGUUGGUUGGCAAGGAAGUCUUCAUUGGAUGGCCUCACUUGGUUGAAGCCAAAGUGACUGCAGUGUCCAAUGAGAUGGUCAGAUAUGGAGCAAAUGAGAAGGUGGAAGAUCAUGAUUUUCGAGCUUUUCAGAGAGCAAUCUUAGGACUCCAUGAUCACAAUAAACAAAGGCUGGGAAUUGAAAUUGGCGAGACGACAAAACUUGUUCAUGUGCUUCCCAUUGAGUCUAGGGAGUACAUUUUUGGGCCACAUGGUGUGAUGACAUUGAAAAAAGUCUGGUCAAGAAUUGAACAAUCGUAUCCACUUCAGGCAAUUGUCAGCGAUUUGACAGUGCACAAUCCGGACUUUAUGCAGUUCAAGACGGUAGAGCAGGUCUUUCCCAUUGGGGGCACUAUCUUCCUCCUCAGCACACCGCAAUAUGGAUGCAAAGGCGAAGUGAUUGAUACUUCAACGGUAGCCAAAAAUGAAAGAAUUCGAGUGUUACUGAGUGUCUUCCCUGAGCCCGAAUUUCCCGAUCUUAUUCUCAAGCAUCGCAGAUCUUCUGAGAAGUAUCUGUCGUGUUUGAAGGCUGCUACAGAAAUUGGUAUCAUCCCAUCGGUUCUUGGGCAAAUCUCUGGAUCUGUGUUGAUCAUAGGAGGUGCCCGAAGGCCCGUUCACAGUGAGGACAAUGUGAAGAAGGUGAAUGUGGGAUUAUUGAUGCAAUCCAGAAAGGCAAACACCGAAAUUCCAGGUUUCACGAAAAAAAUCCAGGGUCAUUGGUAUUUUAGUCGUGAUGUGAUAAAAAUUGUUUCGGAAUAUCUCAAUAGAUUUCCCAGAUUGUUUAGUUUGUUGGCCGAAAGGAAGAUGGGGGAUAUUUUUGAGGAGGAUUUGCAACCAAAUGAACUCGAUGGGAGUCUUUUGCAGGAGAUGCAGGCAUUUGUUCGGGAACAGCCUCAUUAUAAUAUGGAGAGACAACAGAUUGGUGCUCAGAUGAUUGAGAGGGAAAUUAUUGAGGAGAUGAUUGAGGUUGUGAAUCAGAAUAAGAAGAAUCUCGUUUACAAACAAUUGAAAUUGCAGAUUAAGCCAAAGUUGGUUUAUCGGCCGGGAUUGAUGAAGUUGGGAAAAGGGCCAGAUCCUGAUGUUAUUUUUAAAUUGUUUGAUAGGGUGAUUGUGGCGAGUUCAGCUUAUGGGGUUCCAUUGGGUAUGAAGGGGACAAUUGUGUCAAUUAUUCCGGAAGUUGAUCCAAAUCCAAUUAGAUUUGAAACACAAAAGACGGGAGGGACAAAUUUGAUUGAUGUACUUUUUGAUGAGGAAUUUGAGGCUGGACAAUCACUGUAUGGAUUGGCUCAGGGAAGGGUAUUUCGUGUGCCUGAUUAUGUUUUAAUUAAUAUAACUUAUGGGAGACUGAAGUAUUCGUCCAAGGAUCAAAAACAGCCAAAAGAACAGCAGCAGCAGCAGCAAAGUUCCAGGGAAUUUUAUCCGAAGAAUCCUUUGAAGGUUCAGAUUGAGAAAUCUGAGAGGAUUUCUUCGCCACGGAGUGAAAAACUCCCGGAAAAUCAAUCACCGAAUGUGUCAAGGGUGAAUGGGAAUGUCAAAAACAUAAAAUCGGGAGAGAAGCAAAAGAUUGAGCCUUCUCAGUACAAUGAUAUUUGGACAAAGUUAAAGGAACAAAAGUAUCCAUUGCCUCCUGUCCAUCUGAUUCCGAAGAAAUCGGUGGAACCUAUUUCUGAAGCUAAAGAUGGAUCGGAUUUGUUGAGGAAACUUCUGAAAUUGGACUCAAAACCGGAAGAAGUGGAGGAAAAGAUUAAUGUUCAAGCUCCGGCCAAACUUCCACCACCGCCUCCGCUCUGGAGGCAAGAAGCAGCAGCUACGAAGCCACAGAGUUUUGCAGGAACUCCCCCGGUUGUUGCUCAAAAGACCAUUCCGGAGCCCAAGAAGGAGACACGGAGACCUCAAUCGACUCCACAGAGGCCACCUCCGGUUUUGCAUCCUCCGCCAGUUCCAGGCUUUCAGCCACAAUUAUCGGCAUUUGCCAUGCAUCAGAAAAAACCACCGCUAAUCUAUCCAAUUCCUCCCUUUGCCGGAGCCUUUCCCUGUUGGCAGAUGAGGCCAAAUUAUCCACAGCAACCGCUGAAUUUCUGGCCACAUGCUCGACCACAGGGAAUCCCAAUGAAUAUUAUGCCCAACCAGAGGCCUCCGCCGCAGCAGCAGCAACAGAAUUCGUCAAUUGGUCCUCUGGGAGGACGAAGUGACUUUAUACCCCUGCAGGCGGCUAGGAAGAUUGUGAAACAGAAGAAUCUGCAGCAGCAGUUGAAGGAGACUUUUGAACAGAGAAAUGCUCAACAGAGGCAGAGAGUGGGGCAGAAUCAGGAAGAGAAUAGGCAAAAAUUCACAGCCUUUAUGACCAAGAUUGACAGUGAAGCUGUGAAGGUUGAAAAGGCAGCCACGCCCAAGGAGCCAGAGAUCCCAAAAGUCAAGAAAACACAACCACCGGCACCUCGUCAACCAAGAAUUGCAGCUAAAUUUGAUAUAAGUUCAUAAAAUUUAAGAAGUAAAUUACAAGGACUCCGAGAAGUAUACGUAAAGACACCUGAAGUCCCCCGGAAGAACUGCAUGUAGAAUGUAUAAAAAAAUCGUCGAAUUGUGAAGAAAAACAAAUGUAAGUUUACUAUUGAAUUUUACGUUUACUUGAAA